UUGUGUAGCUCUCCUCCCAACGACACGACUUGCCUUCCAAGCAGCGAUUAUUUCCAUGUGCACCAUUCUCGAGAUCGGUAGUCGGUUUUAAAGUUCCAAUUUCAAUACAUUAAAAUGAUGUCGGCGGCGUUGCGAUCAAAUCAGAUCCCCCUGAAAAGGGUCUGGCAGAAGAAUCCACUUAGAAUGGCAUCAACAUUUCUGGUGGAAAGUGAAAAGUAUUCAUUCCUUAAGGAUCUUGGCUUGGGCAAAGUGAACAAUGGUGUGUUCAACGGCGAAUGGACCGGAAAUGGAGAGAUUGUCCAGUCGAUUGAUCCUGCUAGUGGUGACGUCAUUGCCGAAGUCAAAACAGGAUCGGUCAGCGAUCUAGAAAGAUGCCUGCAAGUUGGAACUGAGGCAUACAAGCAAUGGCGCAAUAUGCCAGCACCGUUUCGUGGCGAAAUUGUGAGACAAAUUGGGGAAGAGCUGCGCAAAUAUCGUGAGCCUCUUGGCAAACUGGUCAGCCUAGAGAUGGGCAAAAUUAAGGCAGAGGGAGUAGGGGAAGUGCAAGAAUUUGUCGACGUUUGUGAUUACGCUGUAGGAUUAUCAAGGAUGUAUAGCGGCCAGAUCCUGCCAUCAGAAAGAGGAAAGCACACAAUAAUUGAAAAAUGGAAUCCGUUGGGAAUCGUUGGCGUGAUCUCUGCGUUCAACUUUCCGUGCGCAGUGUUUGGCUGGAAUGCGGCUAUCGCGCUGACCGUCGGUAAUUCGGUCCUUUGGAAAGGCGCUCCGAGUACUCCUUUGGUUUCUAUUGCCACGACUAAAAUUGUCUCUGACGUCAUCAAACGUAACAGCUUACCCCCCGUAGUUUCAUUAUGUCAGGGAGGAACUGAAGUCGGUAAAAAAAUGGUCAGCGAUGAGAGAGUGAAACUCUUAUCUUUCACCGGGAGUACCCAAAUUGGCCGAGAGGUUGGCGUUGAGGUGCAAAGAAGAUUUGGCAAAUUUUUACUUGAACUUGGAGGUAACAAUGCGCUUAUUAUAAACGAUGACGCACCCCUUGAUAUGGCUCUAGAUGCUGCGUUCUUUGGAUGCAUAGGAACAGCGGGCCAGCGAUGCACCAGCACACGUCGGUUGAUCAUUCACGAAAAGUUAUACGAUGAAUUCGUUGCGAAGCUUGUUAAACGCUACAACUUACUGAACCGGGUCGGCCAUCCCCUGGACGAGGCCACACUUUAUGGUCCCCUACAUAACCAACAGGCCGUCGAGAACUAUAAGGCUACAAUCGCAGAGGCUCUAAAGUUGGGCGGAAAAAUCGAAUGUGGCGGAAAGUUGAUCGAACGACCGGGAUUUUUUGUUGAACCUACUAUUAUAACUAACCUGCCCCACGAUUCGCCGGUUGUGCACAAGGAAACAUUUGCGCCAAUUGCGUACAUCUUGAAAUCAAAAAAUCUCAACCAGGCAAUCGAAUGGAAUAACGAGGUCGAUCACGGUUUGUCGUCAUCAUUAUUCACGUCUAGUAUUGGAUCGGCAUUCCAGUGGAUCGGAGAAAACGGCUCGGACUGCGGCAUUGUAAACAUCAAUACAUCACCUUCGGGGGCUGAAAUUGGAGGCGCAUUCGGCGGAGAGAAGCACACCGGAGGCGGACGCGAAAGUGGAUCCGACGCUUGGAAGCAAUACGUGCGUCGCUCGACGAUCACGGUAAACCAUUCGGCGGACUUGCCGCUAGCUCAGGGAAUUGUUUUUGAAUAAAGUAACUUUUUUUGCGAUUGCAAGCACUUUA